AGAAGGAAACAAAAGGAAAGAGCGGCAAAAGAAAAGGCAGGAGAAGAAGACAGGAAGACAGGAAGAAGAAAAAAGCGAGGAGGAUGCAGAAUAUGAGGAUGAUCACGGAGCCCUCCAAAAGUUCUUCUCUGACCUCAUUGUGGAGGACCGGCAGAAAAGGACGAGGGUAGCCAGGACCAAGAAGCUGGGAAAGCUUCCACCGUGCCUGGCUGAGCUCUUUGAGGGGAAAGGCAAAGGCUCGUCCUUGCGCAGCCUCUCUUUCGUGACCUCCAUUGACAGAUACUUGGAGGAUUAUUUUAUUUUUAUCUUCAGCAGUGAAGGAACCACUAAGAUGCAGGAGAACGCAAUCACCAAGGCCAGCUACACCAAAUGCUUUUUGAAAUUCAUGACGCUGGGGUGGCCGACCAAGACGUUUUGUUCAAUCUCCAGCAUCUUGCAGCUUACCCGUCUGUGUUGCGUAGGGCCGAACUGUCGCCGGGUACAGUGUUCCUAUACAUAGAAGAGGCGGCAAAAUUUGUGGUGUAUCUUUGCGAUAUCCCUCCCAAGCACAGCCGUCUCAAGGCGCAAAAUGUGGUGGUCCUGAUUAAGUAUUUCAAUAAGAUGCAGACGGACCUAAACAGGAGCAUGCUCGGCCACCAGGUCAGUGUCAAGGCCAUCAAGCAACAGAGGCUGAUCAGGAGAGAGGAGCUGGCUAGGAAGAAAAUUCCUUCCCUUUUGGAUGACAUUAAAAAUGCUGACCCCAAAGACUCAGUGACCAAAAACAGGAUCUGUGGCUACCUGGCCGCCUAUCUGACCUGCAUCUACGGUCACAGAACUGGUGUCCUCAAGCAGAUGCGGGUGAAGGAGGUGGAGAAGGCGGUUGGUGACGACCAGACCGGCUACCUUGUCAGCGUCCUGGACCAUAAAACAACUCCCAAGUAUGGUCUGGCCCAAAUCUACCUGGACCCAGAUGAGUUUGAGUGGUUCAGGCGCUGGCUCAAGCUGAGGAGCCGGUCUGUGCCGACCAAUCACUUUUUUUUUUUUUUAGCACGCUGGGUGGAGGGGAAGCCAAGAAUAUGGUCACAUAUCUCCGGAAGGCAUGGACUGAGAUGGGCCUGCAAGGACAGCAGGAGCGCUGUGGCCACAUGUAACUUUGAGGACAAUGACCCGGUGAACAGAGAGAUGGUCAGCUCCUUCAUGUGCCACAAUAUUAACACAGAAGAGCGUUUUCACGUCAUGCAUAAAAACCUCCGGUAUGCAAAGAAUAUGAGGGAGAUCUUCAUCAAGCUCUCCAUGCGCCGGGAAGAAGGCCCCAUGGCAGCAACUGACGUCCAGCCAUCCAACUCGGGAGUCGUGGCGCCAAAGAGUAUGAGGCACUCUUCUUCUGAUGAGGAAGAAACGGCUCAAAAAGGUGAGGUGUUUGUUGCGUUCCAAGGAGUUGGGGUCCAAUCACAACACCUCAUCCAUGCUGUGCCUUCAUGAGAAUAAGGAGGGAAGUGGAGCUUCAGCCAGCCGAGCCACCAGAAAACAAGAGCUGGGUGAAGCCCUUGUCUCCAUGACAUUGAAGGACACACAGCCCUUCAGUAUUGUGGAUGAUGUUGCAUUCAGGACAUUUGUGUCCAAAUUGGAUCCCAAUGAUGUUCUCCCUACAAGGCAGGUAUGUAAGGCUGCAUGCAUGAAACGAAGGAGUACUUUAUUGGACGUUACACAAUUCAGCACUAUGUAUUUUUCCUUGAGGCUCUUUGGUGGAGGCCAAGUAUGAGUCAGCAAAGGAGAAGGCUAAGGCUGGAGUGGAGAAGGUGGCUGCUGUUAGCCUUCAUCUGAUAAGUGGACAUCCAUCAAUAUGGAUGCCUACCUGGCUGUAACACGCCAUUUUGUGGAUGACAACACCAGGCUUGGUUCAGUGCUGAUGGGCAUCGUCUGGACACCAGUGUCACGGAAGCACGAAAGACCCAAAAUGUAACUGCAGAAGCCACUGUGGAGGUCCAGCGCUACCUUUCUGGACCAAAUAUCAGCAGGCUGGAAAACCCUCUGGUGUACUGGGAGAGGCCAAAACUGUUGUACCCAAAU